GAAACCGGUUUUUAGUUGGUAUGUUUGUCCAUUCCGUUUUAAUGUAAACACUGUAGAUAACGCGGACAUCGGCGGCAACCGGUCAUUUUCCUCUUACCCGAUGUACGAGGCGUCCUCGUCAGUCAGUCGCCGCUAGGCUAGCGCUACGCCGCGGCAGAUACUUUGUACAAAUUGUGUGCAAUAGACAAAAAACUAAAGGGAAUUAGACUUAGAAUUUUAUGUUGAUAGUCAUUAUGCUUAUAUUUGUGCUCGAAUUAUGCGCGUGUUUUGUGUUGUGUUUCGGGCAGAAUCAAGGAAUUAAAGGACACGAUGAACCGGAAUAUCCCACGAACUUACACAACGGCCUCAGCGAGGCGACGGGGAAUUUCUCAGUAGAGCUAUUAUAUCAUGCAGCAAAAAAACAAGGGAAGCAGAAUCUCAUAUUGUCGCCGAUCACAGCGUGGACGGUGUUGGCGGUGACGUCGGAAGGCGCACUGGGCAAUACGCGGACUCAACUGGUCUCGGCCUUACGAAUAAAAAGAAACCGGACGGUCACCAGACAUGACUUCCAAGAAAUCGCGCGAUGGCUAGUCGUAAACACAACUACGGUGCAUCUUGCUAAAUUCAAUGGAAUAUUUGUGGACAAGUCUAAAUCUCUGGAAGAUGACUUCCGUCAAUCUUCCAAAACAUUUUAUGAUACGCAAACUGUCGAUUUAGACUUCAGAAACAGCGCAGCAACCGCCGCCACCAUCAACGGAGCCGUGUCAACAGCAACCAAAGGCAGAAUUCCUAAAUUGGUUGAUGAAAGUAAUUUGAGUGAUGCACAGAUGAUCAUCACGAGUGCAGUAUAUUUUAAAGGCCAGUGGACUGCACCUUUUAAUGUCUCCUCUACAACUAAACAAAAUUUUUAUAAUAGUAGUGGGAUGAAAAUUGGGGAAGUGAACAUGAUGUACAAUAGAUACACAUACCCAUUUGCUAAUAUUAAGGAGAUUCAAGCAAGAGUAAUUGAGUUGCCUUAUGGUGUUGAAAAUCGUCUGUCCAUGCUAUUAAUGCUGCCAAAUCCUGGUGUUACUCUAGAAGAUAUGUUCUUAAACUUCAAAAAAGUACCUCUUGAUACUGUGUUUCAAGAGCUGAAACUCUCUCAAGAAGAGUAUAGUGAUGAUGAAAUAGAUUGUUUCAUUCCUCGCUUCAAAAUUGAUUCAAGCAUUGAACUGAAUGAAAUAUUGAAAGAGGGAAUGGGAAUAUAUGAUCUGUUUGACCCUGUGAAAGCCAAUUUGGGCCGCUUGGCUCGGGUGCCCAUGUAUGUGACUAGGGUUAUCCAUAAAGCAGAAAUUGAGGUUACAGAGGAAGGUACAACAGCGUCUGGGGCUACAGCUGCAGAGUUUGCAAACCGGAUUGGAGUUAUAAGAUUUGAAGCCAACCGGCCUUUUAGUUACCUUAUUGUGGAAAAAGUCACAAACACAAUUGUUUUCGGAGGAGUGUACCAACAGCCGAUUUUGUACUGAUCUGUAUAGCUAUAGUUGAAAACUAAAAUAACUAUAAGUGUAAUCCAGAGAUAUAAUUGAUAAUUCUUUUGUAAAAUUAUUUUUAGUACAUGAAAUCCCUGGAGAUAGUGGAGAUAGAAUCAAUUUAAAUUAUUCAUUUCAUAACAUUGUUUGAAAACUUCCUUGGUUUGCUUGCUUACAUGUGACUUAAAAAUAUCCUUUUCUCUGUUCUUUGGUCUAUUUCUUACUUAUACAAGUGAUUAUCAUUUUCCAUUCUUGAUAUUUCUUUGAAUCUUCUGUGUUAGUCUAAUACAUCACAAGUAGCCGCUACAUCUAAUAGCCCAAGCUUUAAAGGGCAGCAAACAUGUGCGUAGAUUGAAUUAAAUGUUGUUAAAAUAUACAACUCUGAGAGAUAAAAUUAAAGAUAACUUGACAAGGUCAUGUUUAAUAUAAUCAAGGCAUUUGAAAUGCUCAUGAACCGAGAACUGGUUGCAAAACUGUCAUUUUAAUAAUAAUUUGCACUAAAAAACAGGUAAUAUUUACAAAUAAAAUAUUUAUGUGUAGGCAGGUAAUCAUGGUUCUAUUCUAUUAUACUGUUGGUGUUUCUGCUCAUUAAUGUUGACUGAAAUGAAUAUAGAAUUGUUACCUGGUUUUACUACUAUUCUACUAGCUAUACCUACAAUGUAAUUUAAAAUUUUCUGAAGGUUAUUCUGCACUAGGUAUGCCAUUGAUAUAAAUAAAAUUAUGUACUUAUUAAUAAAAUCAGAGCAGCUAUAAGAACUUUCGGAACAACAGUGUCUCAAUUAACUAGUGCAAAAUGGCAAAUACAUAUGUUAGAACAAUGUACCAGUUUGAAAUUUUUAGCUUUUUUCCAACAAUGACUUCAUUCGUCAGAUAAGUGGUCCUGAGCCUUCUAUUGUUAUUUCAAGCAGCUGUCCCAACACUCGUAACAUCCCGUACCGUUAUACCGUAUUCUGGUGCAAAAAAAGUAUUUACAUAAUUUAAGAAUGGUAUAACCUACAACUAGUUUUUCUAUGUGUAAGGUUCCAUCAUUCUGGCCCACUAAGAUAGGCCUGCGUGUAGAGAGGGUAGUGAUGUCGGAUGGCUUUUGGCGCGGCGAGAUGGUGAUGGGAUGGCCGCGGUGUCGGUUUUUCGUCUGCACAUCAAAGGUAGUGGGCCAGCGACGGUCCGUACACAUCUACACGUGGCCCAUUUCAUAGUGCGUGCUCUCAACCAUUGCAUGGCCAUCUCGCUGGUCCAGCGCUGGGCCAUGGUGUAGAGGAGCCAUAACUAUCGCAUGGCCAUCUCGCUGCUCCAGCUGUGAGCCAUCGUGUAGAGGAGACAUAAUAAAGUUUAUAUGUGUGGUGGGGCAGAGUGGUCCACCCAAUGGCCCACCAUUGUUUUGUAAUCGACAAAAUCAGCUUGCCCCCUUGUUCAUACAACUUAGCAACCUCUUACAAACCUCUUACAGUUUCAUCUCUUUCUAAGAAUCAGAAAUCUGAAAAUGACGGAUAGGGACAAACGAUUAUCAACGGUCUAUGAAUAAAGCCAUUGGACUUAGGCCUUAGGCCAUUGAUGACUCUUUUCCUGCGAUUUGAACCACCCUUGAGCCUGCUAGAGCUGUGGAGUGUCAUAAUAAACGCCAAUUAUUUUCCCAGAAAUUUAACGUUUUUGCUGACACCCACACUUUGCCAUUGCAUAGUCUGUGCAGACUUAGUUUGGUUAACUAUAUCUAAGUUAAAUGAUUGUAUGAAACUCUGCUGGUCAGUUAACGUGGCAAUAAGGAAUAAAUAACAACACGAUUUUCCUUGAUUUUGUCAUUUGUGUGGUUUUGUUGCUAAUGUCUUCUGAAACGCAUUGCAAUGCAUUUGUGGAAUAUUGUGCGUUCGUCAACUAUGACUAACAACGUUAAAAAAAGCAUUUGGAUUUGCCUAGUUGUUUCUGAAUCUCUAACCGAGCGCGACAUUCAUGUGGGCGAAUCGACCUUUGACCGACACAAACUUCGUUGUAAAAUGUCACACCUUUAAAUAAUGGCUUUUUUACGUUGUUUAUUCAUGGUGUAUGUCAAAACAUUCAAGGCCCCAACUAUUAAACCUAAUAAACAUAAACUAUGUAUAUUAGAAGCCCAGAUACACUUUGAGUAACUCAAGAGACACUUAAAACUGUUGGUCAAGAAGUUGAUUCGCUAAUGUCUUAAAUUGUGUUGUUUGUAUUAUCAAGUUUUUUAUAUAGACAUAUGUACAUGUAGGUAGGUAUCAGCAGUGGCUGGCGUUGCGCGGUGCUAUAGUAUGAAUUUUCUCAAAUUAUUUUUACUCCUCAGACCCUAAUCUCUAAACAAACGCCGGUGUUUCUUUUAAGGAAAGGUGCCUUCCGCACGUGCCAAAGCAACUUACGUGAUAGUAUUAAGGUUCAAAUUUAUGUAAUAGCUCAUUCUGAGAUAACGAGUUUGGGUAAUGUAGGACGAUCGGGCAGAUAACAAAAUGAGCUGUUACAUGAAGUUGAACCAUAUUAAUAUGUCGGUAAAAUUUCUUUCUAAACGUAGCAUUGGUAACCGCUGCACAUAAGAAACAGAAGCGUAUGUUCAACGAGUUAGGCCCUAGCAAAAAAAACAUUUCAUAAAAUGUAUACUAUACCUCAACAGUCGCCGAAAUCCACCAUCACUGGGCCUUUUUUUUUUUUUGACCCAGGGGGAAUCCGUUAUGGAUCCCACUGGCACGGGAGAAGCCGAGUGGGUAUGUCCGACUCCCACGGACUAAACCCCCUGGGGUGUUCCACCGCGCGCUUUGUGGACGGGGUUUCGGGAACGCGAUUGUAGACUUCCGAUACCCCGUCGGCGUUGCCAUUACGGGCUCGUCUUUUGUGGCUGCUGCAGCAGCCUACUCCGCUGAAGACGCCUCGGAACACUUGAGGGCCUUCCAGCUCGGAACCUCUUUAGGCGAGUGAUGGAACUCCCGGCCCAUCACCCGCAGGUUCCCGUUAAGGCGGCAUCAUUCGGGCUGCGUAUGCCCUUAGACGCCGACCUGGCCUCCUACGGCGCUGAGGGAGCGAAUUCGCAUCGUCCUCGCGCAUUCUCUCUGCAGCCUCCUUUUGCGACAGGACGGUGACGCUAAAGGAGGCCACUGCCGCCCACGCUUCCUCACUGCUGAGCAUGCGGCGUAUUAGCGCCGGUAGCGAGAGGUCUCCUCCUAUGACCGAGGACAGGAUAGCGCGAGGCUCCGCCCACCAUCACUGGGCCUUCAAUCUACCCUUCUUAAGUACUAACUACUCUACCUAACUAAAUAUUGGCCUGGGACCGCCACUGCUGACCAUGUAGUUGCUCUUAAAUAAAAAUACUAGUAGAGAAUACCAUUACUCACUUUAUGAUUUAAUGGUUUCUGCAUUAAGAAACUAAAGUUAAACUACGGAACCCUAAAAAUGGUACAACACGGCACCUUAUGCGUUAAAUACUUACCUAGAGAUGUAAUAAUGUGUAUGAUGUACUGAUGUAAAAAUUAAAUUUCUUGUUGUGAGUUGUUAUGCUCAAAACCGGCCCUGACGUAGUUUUCAGAAGUAUCAAUAUUGUGAUCAUUUAUCAUAUCACCAAUGCUUAGAAAAAAAAACAAACAUUAACAGAUUUAGUAUUAAUCAAAAACGUCAUUAACUGACAUUUCAGCUUACUUAAUACAAAAUUAUAUCACCAAUGUCAUUGUCAUAAACUUUACGGUAUAGAAAAGUCAAAUGAACACUGUAUGGCACAAAUUAAUUGUAUGAUGUGAAUGGAAUUAAAUGUUUGAUGUGUGUAAGGAUAUGUAUCUAUAAGAACAUUGCCGUACAGUGUUUUAUACAAAUUGUAACUAUUAGACGUAACUUAUGUGAUAACGUAAAAAUUGUGUAAAGAUGACGACCAUAAAUCGAAUUAAAUGCUAUUAUACUCAGAAAGUACAAACGAA